CCCUCCCUCCCUCCCCGCGCCGCUCGCAGCCGCAGCCCCCGGACCCGGAGGAUUAUGAGCGAACCAUGAGGCGGCUGCGGCGCUGGGCGAUCGCGGCUCUCCUGCUGCUGCCGUUGCUCCCCCCGCCCGGUCUUGGGGCCCUGGGUCCCAGUGGAGCUCUACAUUGGAGGAGCUCAGCCCAGCUGGGGAUCCCUGAGAGCCCAGAGGGCCCCGAGGUCACAGAGCCCAGCCGGCUGGUAAGAGAGAGCUCCGGAGGAGAGGUCCGAAAGCAGCAAGUGGACACCAGGGUCCGCCAGGAUCCACCUAGGGGGACGCCCGUGCACCUGGCCCAGGUGAGUUUCGUCAUCCCAGCCUUCAACACAAACUUCACCCUGGACCUGGAGCUCAACCAUCAUCUCUUGUCCUCUCAGUAUGUGGAACGCCACUUCAGCCGGGAGGGGACAACUCAACACAGCACUGGGGCUGGAGACCACUGCUACUACCACGGGAAACUCCGAGGCAACCCACACUCCUAUGCUGCGCUCUCCACUUGCCAGGGGCUGCACGGGGUCUUCUCUGAUGGGAACCUGACUUACAUCAUAGAGCCCAAGGAGAUGGCUGGGCCUUGGGGACCCCCACAGGGACCCCUUCCCCACCUCAUUUACCGGACCCCUCUCCUCCCAGCCCCCCUCGGAUGCAGGGAACCAGGCUGCCUGUUUGCUGUCCCUGCCCAGUCUGCUCCUCCUACCUGGCCCAGGCUGAGAAGGAAAAGGCAGGUCCGCAGGGGCCACCCCACAGUGCACAGCGAGACCAAGUAUGUAGAAUUGAUUGUGAUCAACGACCACCAGCUGUUUGAGCAGAUGCGGCAGUCAGUGGUUCUCACCAGCAACUUUGCAAAGUCCGUUGUGAACCUGGCAGAUGUGAUAUACAAGGAGCAACUCAACACAAGAAUUGUGCUGGUUGCCAUGGAAACGUGGGCGGAUGGGGACAAGAUCCAGGUGCAGGAUGACCUAUUGGAGACCCUGGCCCGGCUUAUGGUCUACCGGCGGGAGGGUCUACCUGAGCCCAGUGACGCCACCCACCUCUUCUCGGGUAGAACCUUCCAGAGCACCAGCAGUGGGGCAGCCUAUGUAGGGGGAAUCUGCUCACUGUCCCGGGGUGGAGGCGUGAACGAGUACGGCAACAUGGGUGCUAUGGCGGUGACUCUGGCCCAGACGCUAGGGCAGAACUUGGGCAUGAUGUGGAAUAAACACCGGAGCUCGGCAGGGGACUGCAAGUGUCCAGACAUCUGGCUGGGCUGCAUCAUGGAGGACACUGGGUUCUACUUGCCCCGCAAGUUCUCGCGCUGUAGCAUCGAUGAAUACAACCAGUUUCUGCAGGAGGGAGGCGGGAGCUGCCUGUUCAACAAGCCCCUCAAGCUCCUGGACCCUCCCGAGUGCGGGAACGGCUUCGUGGAGGCGGGGGAGGAGUGCGACUGCGGUUCGGUUCAGGAGUGCAGCCGGGCGGGUGGCAACUGCUGCAAGAAAUGCACCCUGACUCACGACGCCAUGUGCAGCGAUGGGCUCUGCUGUCGCCGUUGCAAGUACGAGCCACGAGGGGUCUCCUGCCGAGAAGCGGUGAAUGAGUGUGACAUCGCUGAGACCUGCACCGGCGACUCAAGCCAGUGUCCCCCCAACCUUCACAAACUGGAUGGGUACUACUGCGAUCAUGAGCAGGGCCGUUGCUAUGGAGGCCGCUGUAAAACCCGGGACCGGCAGUGCCAAGCCCUUUGGGACCAUGGGGCUGCAGAUCGCUUCUGCUAUGAGAAGCUGAAUGUCGAGGGGACAGAGCGUGGGAACUGUGGGCGCAAGGGAUCUGGCUGGGUCCAGUGCAAUAAGCAGGAUGUGCUCUGUGGCUUCCUCCUAUGCGUCAACAUCUCUGGAGCUCCUCGGCUAGGGGACCUGGGGGGAGACAUCAGCAGUGUCACCUUCUACCACCAGGGCAAGGAGUUGGACUGCAGGGGAGGCCACGUGCAGCUAGCUGAUGGCUCAGACCUGAGCUAUGUAGAGGACGGCACGGCCUGUGGACCCAACAUGCUGUGCCUAGACCACCGCUGCCUGCCAGCCUCUGCCUUCAACUUCAGCACCUGCCCGGGCAGUGGGGAACGCCGGAUCUGCUCCCACCAUGGGGUUUGCAGCAAUGAAGGAAAGUGUAUUUGCCAGCCAGACUGGACAGGCAAAGACUGCAGUAUCCAUAACCCCCUGCCAACGUCCCCUCCCACCGGGGAGACCGAGAGAUACAAAGGUCCCAGCGGUACCAACAUCAUCAUUGGCUCCAUCGCCGGGGCUGUCCUGGUCGCAGCCAUCGUCCUGGGCGGCACGGGCUGGGGAUUUAAAAACAUCCGCCGUGGAAGGUCCGGAGGGGCCUAAGUGCCACCCUGCUCCCUCCGAGCCUGGCACCCACCGUCUCGGCCCUGAACCACGAGGCUGCCUCCACCCUGCCACAGAGGGAGGCACCAUGCAAAUGUCUUCCAGGUCCAAACCCUUCAACUCCUGGCUGUACAGGGGUUGGGGGUUGGGGCUGUGGCCUCGUCUUUCAGACCACCUGGGUGGAGGGGCCCGGAGGAGGGCGCUUCCUGCCCAGGCCCCCACCCCUCCUCAUGUGGCUUUGGCCUUGCACACAUCUCCCCCUGUGAAUGUAGCUUCCAUCGUCACAGACCGCCACAGCUCAGGUUGGGGCCUGGAGAGGUGCCUGGUGGGGGCAGCUAGCCACCAGUGGUCACAGCUGGGGGCCCCUCUUUAAAACCAGGCAGCUGGAAGCAGGGUGGUAGCUCUCUGGGACCUCACCGGGAAGGAGCUGAUCUCACGUUUUUUCUCUUCCUUUUCUUUCUUUCUUUUUUAAGUGACUCUUAACUGAUGAAUGUAACCUUGGGGUCGCUGGGACCAGGGGAAAGUUGUAGGGAUGUUUUGACACAGGAGGGCCUGGAAGAUCCCUCUCUGGGAGGCCCACACUGAACCCUGUCACUGAACCCAGCAGGGGCUGAGCAGCCCUGUGUGCCCCGCCUCCACCCAGCUUACAAGUUUGAGUGCUGAUCAAAACCAAAGCUGCCUAUCCCGUGCCCACUGCCUAGCUCAUGGGUGCCAUGACCCCCGUCCCAGACAGUCUUCGAUUCCAAACCAACCGUCCUGUCCCUGCCAGGGUGCAUGCAUUUGGGGGUGUAGAAAAUAUAGUCCCUAAAAUAAAAUGGCACCUUUCCCCUUUCAAGAAGGGUGAUUCUGGGGCUGUCUCAGGGUUCAAGUGCCCCCUGAUGUGGCCUGGCUAUUCCAGAGCAGGUUACCUUCCCAGGGAAGGCUCUAGGUAGGGAGAACCAGGAGGACCACGUGCCCCAGGAUUAGUGCCUGUGGUAUGUGAGAGACAUCAGGAAAGGGCAGACUCAUGGUUGAUUAUAGACUACGAGGAAAGUCCUCGAGGUCCCUCUCAAAACCUUUAUUCAUCACCCGCAUUCUGGGGCUGACUAGUGAAUUUACAGAUGUUCCUCUGUCCUCCCUCCUCUGGUCCUCGCUGCUCAGCCCUCCCACGCAGUCUGUUGAAGCCUGCCUUCUGGACCCUAUGUGAGACAGAUGAGCUCUGGCCCCUUGCCCUUAAAGCCAGCUGGCCAGGCAGGACGGAGCAGGCUCCCUUAUGGAUGAAAGCCACAAAAGAAAGGAACCCCCUUCUUGGGGACACCCCACUCAGGUGUGUGGCUCUGGAUACUCCAGGGCCAGAGAGUUGCUGGUUUGUUUGUGUUCAUCCUAUUUCUGAGGCCUCUUUGAGAAAGGUUCAUGAAAAAAAAAAAGACUUCAUUUCUCUAAACCACCCCAGCGGCACCCUGGAGCCUAGGACCCAUUGGCAGCCUUUGGGAUGGCCAGAUGGUGUUGGCUACAGUGGGGUCCUCAGCACUGAGCCCCAGCUGGCACUGUCCUAGUGACAAGACAGACUCAGGCCACCAGCCCCACUAGCUGAGGAUAGGGGAAAGGCUGGGUUUCGCAUUGUUGCUAGAGUUCCUUGAGACCUUUGUUAGGUGACAUAACCUGCACACAGGGGACAGCGCACCUGGGCACAGACAUGUGGAUCUAACCCUCUGCACCACUGUGAAGGCCUCUGCAUACAAGGGCAUGACCAUGUGUCCACGUGUCCUUGGUGGGAAUUGAACACAAGACUUCCCAUGACCAGUCCACCCUGGUCCCUGACUUUCUGUAUCCCCCUGCCCCACCCCAGAGGGCCUGGCCUGGCAGCACCCAGGAAGGAAUGGGGGAUGGGACUGCAUUCACCUGGCCUGGACCUGGGACCCCACACAUCCUGUAAAUAUGUCAUCUGGGCUGGGGAGGCAGGGCCAGGGGCCCACAUUAAAGAUUAAAGAUCACACUCUGGGCUUCCAUGGAGCUCACCCCAA